CAGAGAUAUACAUCUGAAUUCAGCCACAAUGGUCUCUCUCUACACUGUGAGUUUUUGGGGAGCUUUGCUUCUAAACAUUGUGCCAUCAGUGCACACUACUAACAUAACGACUACGGAAGGGAAGCCCCUGAGAGCAGAGCCUGGAUUACAAGAUGAUCCCAAUAAACCUUUUACAUGUAUUGAGUGUGCUAAGUGGAACAGAAUUUGUAAAAGUCCUUCCGUUCAAUGUCCCCCUGGAACAACCUUCUGUGUUAAGGAACUGCAUGAAAAGUAUGACUUUAAUCCAGGAGCUAGCAGCAUUUACACGUUUUUUGAAAUGAAGUAUUGUGGGCCUCCAAUCAGUGGAGCAUCUUGUAUAUCGGAGCCGACUAAAGAUGUGAUACCUGGUUUUACUGCCAGAUUCAGCUGCUGUGAUUUUCCUGACUGCAAUUUACCUUUGGUAAAAAAUGCAAUAGUAUGCUAUGACUGCUCAGCUUCUCGUGGUUGUGGGGAGGUAACAUCAUGUGUUGAUGGAACAGUCUGCAUGACGGUUUUAUCGAAAGUUGGAAGCACUGUGAAAGUCAUAGAAAAAACCUGUGGAAAAAGGGAGCAGUGUGGCCAAUCCUUUAGCCAACUUGUCCGGGGCAAAAAAGAAACAAAUUUUACAACUUGCUGUGACACAGACUAUUGUAGUCCAGAGGAAAACAUUUACAGAAAUGGAAUAAUGUGCCCAUUCUGCACUAAGGAAGGAUCCACGAACUGUACCACUGCUGAUUACGAGUGCCUGGGAACAGCAAACAACUGUUAUACCUACACUGCUCCAGGGCCGAAAGGGAGAAUUAUUCGUGGCUGCACUUCAAAACAUACUUGUUUGAACCCUAAGAAUUCACUUAAAACAUUUGACAAGGAUGGUGGGAAUAUAGAAUGCACUGAAAAGUCUCUUGAGCCCAGCCACUAAGAUUUUGGAAAUGGAAGCCAGCAACACAAGCUUUACAAGUAUCUGGAUUCUAAUUUGUGGAAAAAUAGUUGGUGGUGGCAAUAAUGUGAACAUUGAUUAUGCAUCAAUUUAACCUACAGUGAUGGGAGAGGGAAGAUGCCAAGCGAUGGAAGAACUAAUAGUGGCAACUGGAUCUAAAUGGCAAACUUUAAUGCAAAUGCUGCUUUAGGAGAAACACAAUGCUUGGAAACUUGGAUAUGUGAAAGCACAAUGCAAAUGCCAUGGUAGAGCUUUGUGGCUUUUUUUUGCACUUUGCAUCAUUGCUGUUUUGUAUAAAGUAGACACACAGCAAUUAAAUUAAAUUGUGAUGAUAAAAUGACUCAAAUUUCAUCAAAAUUGGUUAAGCUGUGACCAUUAAGGUUCCAAAGAUUUUGGUAGCAAUAAGAAGGAAGCCAAAGCUGAAAUAAUAGUGAAUCAAUACACAAAAUUCUCUUUUUUUGUAUUCUCAAAUCUGAAAAACUUGUUUUGAUAAACAAAUGUAACUAUGUAAAAAAAACACCAAAAAUAAAAUGAAUAAUGAAAAGUU